AAAGACCAUCCUUUCCUCGUAUUUUGAACUUAAAAGACGUGGAGUUCCCGCCUUCCCGGCAAGAUCUCACUCUCGGUUUGGACUUUGUUUGUACAGCUGAAGAGGGCAAUUGUGAUCUGUGAAUCCUAGACUACCAUUCACUGGAAGAAGAUAAGUCGAAGAGAUCGCGAAGAGUAUACCUAGACUGGAAGAAGAGAAAUCGGAGAUAGCAACCAUGGAGAAUACGAUUAGGAGUCCGAGCCCUCCUCGGACGUGCACAACAGUGAGGAGAAACCCUCCGCGCAAUGCGAGGCCGACUCCUUCCACCACCGCUGGUACUGCCCCUCAUUUUUCUUCUUCCAUCCGUAGGAAUCGGAGGGACAUCGCUCCAUUUCGUCUGCAGGAGAUCCUCGACGACGAUGUCCCUCAAAUCUUUCCCAUAGCAGAGGCAGUGGUACCCCCAAAGCCACCGGAAGAGGAUGAAAUCUCCGAGAAUUUGAAGGUCUUUCUGAGGAUCAGGCCUCUCGACCUCAGUAAGCCGACUUCGAAGAACGGUAAUAAUGCCAUCAGACAAAAGAUCAAAGGACUGUCGCUUAAAAAGGAGACGGUGGCGAAGAAUGAUAAUGCAAAGAUGAAGAAGAAGAAGGAAAUUUGCUUAGUUGUCAAGGAUUCUCGGUCCGUGACGCUUUCACCACCGGCGUCGCUUCAGGACUCAAAGCGUGCCAAGACGGUUGAUUAUGAUGGUUUCAGCCACGUCUUUGCGCCUGGUUCUCUUCAGGAAGAAGUGUAUGAGAAGGUAAUGGAGCCUUUGGUUUCGGAUUUUCUGCGGGGGAGGAGUGGGUUGUUGGCUGCUAUGGGCCCGAGUGGUUCAGGAAAGACGCACACUGUCUUUGGAUGUCCGAGGGAACCUGGAAUCGUUCCUCUUACUCUCAGGAGGCUGUUUGAACAUGAAGAGAGAAACAGUUCGGAAGAGCUUUCUAGGUCUUACCAUAUAUCAGUGUUCGAGAUAUAUUCUGAACGAGGAAAAGGAGAGAAAAUAUUUGAUUUGACUUCCGACAGAGCUGAUUUGAGCUUGCAGCAAUCGGCCAUAAAAGGUGUUCAAGAGCUUAUGGUUUCAAAUGUCCAAGAGGCAGAAUGUAUAAUAGCACGUGCAAUGCUGAAACGUGCUACUGCUCUGACAAAUACAAAUAGCCAGUCAAGUCGAUCACAAUGCAUUAUUAAUAUUCAUACAUUUCUUAAGAAGAUCGAUGAUGGAGAAGCUGUGGUUCAGGAAAGGAAUGCUGUUUUAACUAUUGUGGAUCUUGCAGGAGCUGAAAGAGAAAGGAGGACAGGAAAUCAGGGGGCAAGAUUGUUGGAAAGCAAUUUCAUCAAUAACACUUCUAUGGUGUUUGGGCUUUGCCUAAGGUCGUUGCUGGAGCACCAAAAGAACCCAAAGAAGCCAUUACAAAAGCACUUCCAAAACUCUUUGUUGACCAGGUAUUUAAGAGAUUAUUUGGAAGGCAAGAGAAGAAUGACUCUGAUUUUGACGGCAAAGCCAGGAGAAGAUGAUUACCUGGAUACAUCCUAUUUGCUCAGACAGGCCUCUCCUUAUAUGAAAAUCAAGUUUAAUGAUGUCGAGGAACCAUCCCAUUUGCUUGGUCAGAAGAGACAUGUUCAGGCAUUAUCUAAGAUCGAGCAUCCUAAAAGAAAGAAGAUCGGGGAUCGGGUUGCUUCUGUGAUUGAUGAAGAGGAGGGUGCUGGAGAUGACCAAUCAAUUCUGCAAAAAGAAGUAAUUUUAGGGAAACUUCAAGAACCUGAACUCCUCAGAGUCUCAGGUUCAUCCACAAGAGCUCUGAAGAUAGAGUGCAGUGAGUACAAUUUGCUAAAGGAAGAGUACCAUAUAGAACUUGCCAAGAGAGAUAGAAAUGAUCAUAUCAUGAGGAGUUUCUCUAAGGCCCUAUGGGAUGUCUUAAAACAGUAUAAGAAAAAACUCGAGGCGUCAGAAAGUGAGGUCCAUAAUCUGAACGAAAGUCUUCACAAAGAAAAAUUUCGAAAUUCAGAGCUGGAAAAAGAAUUGAAAGAUAUGAAGCCUUGUCAUUUGUGGUGUCGACAAAAUUCAACAGAGGCCUCCAUGCUUAAAUUGUGUAUAGAUUCGGACUUUGAUACCACUGGGUGUUUGCAACUGGAGCAACAUAAAUCAAACAACAUUGAUGAGGUGCAUGCUGAAGUUUGUGUCUCAAAGCCAGAAGUUCUAGAAUGCAGCAACGUUUCAAAUUUAUGUGAUGUUGUUGUAUCUCCCCUUCAGUGUCUAAAUCAGAAAAGCAAUAGCACCCCUGGGAAGGAAAAAACUGGUGAAUAUUCAGAAGAACGGGAAAAUUUAGAGGUUAAGGACAGUUGUUCUGAUGCAGAUGUUACAGGCUUGAGCGAUUCAGGGUCAAUGGUUGGCACCUCUCAGUCUCAGGCCCUAGGUGUAAAUGAUGACACUUCACCAAUCAAGCGGAAAGAAUUGUUUAGUAAGGGGGAAAAGAUUCCAAAGGCUGAAGUGAAACAUUUUUCUAGCAGACCUUCAGAUUGGGAGAAACCUAGGAGGAGACUGGGGCCUCCACCUUCCUUGUUAUUGAAGGAUGUCAGUAAUUUGGAUUUGCAAGACGAUGACAAACGAAAGGGAAGCAGAGGUGGAAAGAAAUCAAUGGCAGGGGAAAGAGCAAUGACGCAGGGCAGCAUCUCUCUGUUGAAACUGCUGGGCAACUAUCGCCAGCUUUAGUAUCACCUUUUUUAAGUGUACAGGAUGGUUUUGUCCUACUUCGCCAGGGUUUCAAAAAUUGUUGAAUCGUAUUGGAAUCGGCCAGAACCGAUUCAGAUUUCCUGUUCAGAAAUGAAACAUUCUCACCAAGAUUCUCCUGAACGAUUCUAGAGUUCUUGGGACCGAUUCCUGUUUUCAAAACCCUGUACUUCAUGUUUUCUUUAAUUAUUGUUGUGGCAUUGUUUUAUUCUUUUUUUGUGUUUUUCCUGGCCAGCUUAGAAAUUUUAAGGAAGCCGUAUAUGGCCAAAGAUUAGGGGUAUUGGGCAAGCAAAAGAACAGACUGAAUGAAUGUUUAGUACUUGUAUAUUCAGAUCGGAUAUUAUGGUGUUGGGUUGUUUCUGGAAAAUGAUUUUUUCGGAUAUAGAUUCCCUUGAAAGGAUACAAAAUUAAACUGGA